ACCAAAAAUGGGGCUUUGUCAUUGGUCGAUGCUUCGUCUUCGUCACAACGUCACUUCAUACGUCACACGGAUUAAAAUCAGUAUCAACAAUGGCAGAUACAACUCUACCAAAUUAUGUCAAAAGGAAUAUCAUUGCCAUGGCACCAUACGAGUUGCACAAAAAACUUGUGAACAACUACUUCACUAUUUACCGAGGUUCCAAAGCUGAUUUCAAGAGAGAUACAUCCUCUGAUAAAAGGGAUUCAGACAUCAUCCGAGAAAAUCACAAAUUCCUAUGGGCAGAUGAUGAAACUCCUGAGACUUGGGAAGCACAAUUGGCCAAAAAAUAUUAUGAUAAAUUAUUCAAAGAAUACUGUAUUUGUGAUCUUAGUCGUUACAAGGAAAAUAAGGUAGCUUUAAGAUGGCAAAUAGAAGCUGAACUCAUUAGUGGUAAAGGACAGUUCAUUUGUGGCUCUAAACACUGUUCAGCUGGUGAAGGUUUGAGGACUUGGGAGGUCAAUUUUUCUUACGUAGAACACGGAGAAAAAAAAAGCGCCCUAGUUAAAUUAAGACUUUGUCCGGACUGUUCCUACAAAUUGAAUUACAAACACAGACGGAAAGAAGUUACUAAGUCCAAAAGGCCGUCAACCGAGCAGAAUUCAAGGGAGGAUAAUAUCAAAACUAAAAAAUUAAAAGUAUCAAAUAAUGAAGAUGAGCCAUCAGAAGAGCCGUGCGCAAGCCAACAAGAUAAAGUGGAUCAAGAUGCUAGCAAUGUUUGGAAGUCAACCAAUAUUUUACCGGAGGAAGAAAAAUCGAGAGACGAAGAUUUCAACGAAUACUUGGAAAAUCUGUUCAUGUAAAGCCUAAGUGCAGUGUUGUCAAUUUUUCUUUUAAUAAAUCGGCAGCAAUUUUUUCAUUCUUGUAAGCUAUAUUGAUGUAGAUACUGUCUCUUGAAAUGAAAGAUUGAUCACAUAGAAUCAGGAAGAGCCUAUUAGAAGGAAACAAUUUAGAUCUUAAAUUAAUUGACUUAAUAGGAGAACUUAAUUAUGUGAAGAGUGUGUGUUAAGUAAAUAAAAUCUUUAGUUAAAUGAG